AUGAUAAAAAUAAUGACCUGGAAUUGCCAAGGUUGCUCAACAAUCAAAAGCAUGAAUCAGACAAAAAAUACAAUUAACCUAAUAAAACCUGAUAUAUCAAUACUAACAGAAACAAAUCUAAAAAAGGAUCAAAAUCUAGCGCAAAUCAAAAACCAUUACUCAACAGGAGGAAAAGGAAAAGAAGCAAGAGGAAAAGGAGUAAUGGCAAUAAAUCACCUAGAACAAAUAGAAAUUAAAAACUUGGAAGAAAAAGAAGGCAGAAUCUUAAAAUUUACUGCAAUUCUAAACAAUAUGGAAAUCAACAUAAUUUGCAUCUAUGCACCAGCCUCAUAUGACAGAAGAAAAGGAUGGUUUUCAAACAAUAUUUCCCUUGAAGAUCUAGAACAGGCAGACAUAGUUACUGGUGACUUUAACAUCAACAAAUAUGCAAAAAUCAAGUUCAAAGAUGGAUCAUCCGAUAAGAGAAAAUUCACAGAAAAUGAAACAAUAGAAUUCCUAAUGAUGGAAGUAGGACUCACCGAAAUACUACCAAAUUCAACAACUAAAACAACCUUCAAAGAUAAACUAAUCGAUAGAACAUUCUUAUCAACAAAGAUGCACCAACUCAAUCACUCGUACAAGAUAAUAGAUAAAAUAAACAAAUCAGACCAUAACAUAGUAGUGAUGGAUUUCAAAAUACCAAAUUUCACAAAAAUAUACAAAUCACCCCUAUGGAAAAUGAACUCAAUAAUAAUUAAAGAAGAUAAAACAAUAAAAAAGAUAGAAAAAAUAAUCGACCACUACCAGGAAACCAAAAGAAAAAACAUUAACAUAACGGAAUACUGGAUUAAGUUCAAAAAAAAAAUAAAAAAACAAUGCAUUACAACAGAAAAGAAAAGAAUACUAGAGAGAAAAAAAACGCUAUCAAAUCUAGCAAAUGAACACACAAAAACAAAAAACAAAUAUGAAAAAGAAACAAUAUCGAACGAAAUAACAAUACUUCAAGAAGAAGAAAGAAUAGACAGAAUGAUCAAAAGCUCAAUCAACUACAUCAACAAUAAAGAAAUAGCAUCAAAUCUCCUUACAUCUAUUCUUAAAAAAAGAGACUCGAGCUCCCAGAUUCACAGAAUAAAGAACCCAUCCAAUGGAGAAAUCGAAACAGAACAAAAAGAAAUAACAGAUUGCUUCAGAAAAUAUUACGAGACACUCUUCAAAGAGAAAGAAUGCGACCAAGAAACACAUACAGAACUUCUAAGCACCUGGAACCCACCAAUAGAUAAAAAAAAAUUAACAGAGAUGGAAGACAGAAUCGAAGAAUAUGAGGUUAAGCUAGCAAUAGAAAAGAUAGCAGAAGGUAAAUCACCAGGAGAAGAUGGAAUAACAUCUUCAUUCUAUAAAAUCCACCAACACAAACUAAUUCCAAUCCUCACAGAACUAUUCAACUUCUUUUUAAACAAUGAAAUUCCAACAGAAUUCAAGAACGGUAUCCUUACAUCAAUAUACAAAGGUAAAGGGGAUGUCUUGGAAAUCUCAAACAGAAGACCAAUAACGUUACUCAACGUAGACUACAAAAUCUACUCAAAAAUAAUCAACAAUAGAAUACUAAAAAUCCUGCCAAACAUAAUCUCAAAGUACCAGAACGGUUUUAUACCAGGAAGGCUACUCCACAACAACAUUAUAGCUUUGGAUUUAGCAAUGGAAAAAAGUGAUAGAAACACGAUAAUCACCUUUUAUGACUUCGAAAAAGCCUUCGAUUCAAUAUCUCAUAAAGCGUUAAUAAGGACUCUAAACCAUCUAAAGUUCCCUCGGAAAAUAACAAACACAAUACUAAGCAUGUUAACGAACACCAACAUAAGGGUCAUGGUAAAUGGACAACUCUCUGAAUCCUUCAGAGCAGGAAGAGGUACAAAACAGGGCGACCCAAUUUCACCAACUCUCUUCGCUAUAGUAUGUGAAUGCUUAUCAACAUCAAUAAGAAAAGACAAUACCAUAAUAGGCAUAAAACUCAAUCAGAACAAUUCGAUGAAGAUUGGACAAUAUGCAGACGACACAGUCACACUAGCCAGUAACAUAGAUGACGCAGAUAAAAUGGAUAUGAAAGUUAUAAAAUUUUGCCAAGCCACAGCAGCAAAAAUAAACGAUAAUAAAUGUGUGUGCAUCACUAAAAACCCAAAGAUAAAGACCAAAUAUAAGACAAUUGGGGCGAAAGAAGAAGAAAGAUAUCUUGGCUUUUUCUUCAACCGCAAAGGUGUAAUAAGCAAAGUAGAUGAUACGGUGAACAAACUGGAAAACCUCACAAAAUGUUAUUCGAGCGUGUCAUCAACGCUAAAAGGUAGAAUCACAAUCCUCAAAUCAUACCUGCUGUCCCAACUAACAUUCCAACUAUACAUCAACGAAAUAAAUGACAUAAAGAAACUGGAGAACGUUAAUGCCAACAUGUUAUUCAAAGGGGACAGGUGGGCUAUCUCAAAAGAAAGGAGCAGAAGAGACUAUGAAAUUGGAGGCCUGGAACUCUGGAAUAUGGCAACCAGAUCCAAUGCCCAGAAAGCAUGGAUAUACGAACAAUACCUCAGAGAAAAAGACGACCAGAACUGCCCUCCACAUAUGGAAGUCUGGAAGUCGGAAAAAGAAAACUCACUAUCAAGGAUUCACAUCAAAUGCUGGAAAGCCUGGAAGUUGUUGCACCACCCAAGAGAGCGAAUAACUCUCAAACUAAACCAAGUCAAACCCAAAUACGAAAACAAACAAAAAUUAAAAGUAAUCUAUAGAAACAUGAUGGAUAUCAAAUACAAGGGAUGGAACAAACACCAGCCAACAACAGGUCAAAAACUGAUUCAAAAGAACAUUAAUCACCCAAUUCUACCAUUCAGAGAAGCCAGAUCAAUCACAACUAUCAAAGGAAGAGACUUAGCAUGGAGAUAUCUACUCAAGGCACUUCCAAAACACCAUGGGGAGAAUUGCCACUCAUGUAAAGAAGAAGAAUCGUCUAUGCACAUCUUCUUCGAAUGCAAAUCAAUAAAACAGAAUAUCGACUCAAUCUAUCAAAAGGUCUGUAAAGACUCCAACAACACUUACCACGGUCCAUGGAGCGAAAAAGUUCUCGGAAAACUACUCACACCAUUCUCAUCAAAUCUGAUAGGAGCCAUUAUGGAAUCGAUAUGGUACAGAAGAAAUCAAAUAAAAUUCAACGAUAACACUACAAUAAUAACAGAGAACCAAAUAAUUCAUAAAAUCAAAAAAGCGAGAGAUGCCGAAUGGGAUAGAACAAGAAAGAUAGUAGAAAAACAACUACGUCAAGAACUAAGAUGCACUGAUAACCGAGAGUCAAUCAAUCGGACCGCAUCAAUAAAAAGAAGACUCGAAAAAUUCAGCCACAACUGGAACUCGAAACUCAUGACCAUAAACAUCCCGGAACACUUCAUACCAUACUGCUCAUAUAACACCAACUACUCAUAA